AUGGGCAGGAACAAGUCCCACAAAUCAUCAGUACCGCAAAAAUCCAAGCUCAAGAAAGACCCUGGAAUACCAAGGCUUCCUCAACUAAAAGUUCGGAAUGCGGAGAAGCAGAAAUCUAGCUCCCCUGCGAUUCCCCAGCGUGAUGACCCAGAUGCAUAUAUGGCAGCUGAACCCACCCUAUCUUCACUAGCAGCACUUGCUUCAGAGACCCAGGGCAUUGUAGACCAGCAUGCCACGUCUUAUGCUGCCUCCUUACAGAAGACGAAGGAGCAAAUUCGCCGCCACUACGUCCGUACACUGCACAAAGUAAUCGAUCAGAGUGACAUUGUCAUUCUCGUGCUCGACGCCCGCGAUCCGGAGGGAUGCAGGAGUCGACUUGUUGAAGAAGAGGUAAGACGGAGAGAAAGUGAAGGGAAGAAACUUGUUUUUGUGCUGAAUAAAAUCGAUCUUGUCUCAAAAGAAAAUGCUCAGCAGUGGCUCCGGUACUUGCGACAUUCCACCCCGACACUCCCAUUCCGUUCUGCCGCCUCUAAUCAACGUUCUAAUCUCAGCUCCACGACUGCGCCCGGACUUAUGCGCUUACUUAAAGCAUUCAAGGCCCAGUGCACAGAGUAUCACAGUCGGCGUCGUCGGUUUUCCAAAUGUCGGCAAAAGCAGUCUCAUCAACUCUUUGAAGCGAUCAAAGGUCUUGAUCUGCUUGCUACUACGCGUAUCGAAUGUCUCAUGUGUUAUCUAGAGCGCGGAAUCAAGAUCGUCGAUUCACCUGGUGUAGUUUUCGACGAAGAUGAUCCAAGUGACACUAGUCAGAAGGGCAGCGUUCUCCUGCGAAAUGUAGUCAAAGUCGAGGAUAUAGAAGAUCCAAUUGCUGUCGGUGCGUUUCUUGGCACAAUUACAGUUCCUGAGGGACGUAUUGUUAAUCUCACUAUUGCAGUGGAAGAAAUCCUCGCGCGGACGGAGCAUGAGACACUGCAAAGGCUAUAUAACCUCCCUCAAUUUUCAAGUACGCUGGAGUUUCUAACCAUGCUUGCGCUCAACAGCGGACGCCUCCUCAAGGGAGGUACCCCCGACCUACUUUCAGCCGCACGUCACGUUCUCAUGGACUGGAAUCACCAAAAAAUUCCCUACUUCUCCGUCCCACCUAUCGUUCAUCCCUCGUCAAUACCAUCUGCCACAACGGGCGCAGAAACCGUGGGGCAAGCACAAAUCCUGAAUUCAUUGUCCAAACCGUUUGAGCUCGCAGGUUUGUUUGGGGCAGCGGAUGCCGGUGCAUUCAGUGAAAAUGCACAGAUGCAGGAGGUAGCUAUGGAUGAUGGUGAAGUCAACAAUGACAUUGCUGCUCAGGAAUCUGGCAUGAUAGUCGAUGAUGGCAUGACUGCAUCCGCACUUUCACUCCCGUCCUUCCGCAAGCGUGCCCGUUCGCCCUCACUGGUCACGCAGGUAGGGACCACCGACUCCUCAGCACAAUUGCGCAUGCCAAAGCGGUUCCGUCGCGCGAAGGAUCUUUCUGCGUACGAAGAAGCCGCUGCGCAGAGUCAGAGUCGCGCGUUGAAUAAGCGGUCACAGAAGCAGGACCGCAAGCGCGCACGGAGGGCUGCUAGCAGGUUGAUGAAGGCUGGGCCGGGGAUGGAUGUUGAUGAGCUGCAGGAGACAUUUAUUGCUAGUGUGCAGGAGUAA